GUUAUAAAACCAAUACACAUCCAGACUGCUCACACUCAGAGCACAUACUCCUAGCUCCACUAUCCAAGUCUGUCUGGUCGCUGGUUCCAAACAACUAAAGAUAUUGCUGAACCAUGUGCCACACAAUGUACCCAACUGUUAUAUUCUUUAUUUUGGUUUGCUUUGGAGCCAAAGUGGACGUUGGGCAAGCUUCUCAAGCUGAAAUGAUAGCGGAUAUCUCCCAGAAGGUAAAUCAGUUAUAUGAUGUGCUACUCCAAGGUACUCAGGACAGUACAAAUAGGACCAUCUAUGCCAUAUGUAAUCUACAACCAAAUCCAAAACUGAACUCGAGUGACCUAAAAAUCACAGGACAAGUCCUACUCAAGCAGACCUACCCAUACGGAAAUUUGGAAGCUGUCUUUACUGUAGAAGGGUUUCCCAUGGAUGCCAAUCAGUCAGUUAGAGCAAUUCACAUCCACAGCUACGGUGACCUCAGCAACGGCUGCGACUCUGCAGGGGGACAUUACAAUCCCUUCUCUGUAAACCACCCGGAUCACCCUGGUGAUUUUGGGAAUUUCCGUGUGCGAAAUGGAAAGAUUCAGCAACACCUCACCAAUCUUGAAGCUAACCUAUUUGGUCCAUACUCUGCAGUUGGUAAAUCUAUUGUCGUUCACAAAUUGGCUGAUGACCUUGGUAAAGGCGAUAACCAGGCCAGCUUGGAAAAUGGAAACGCGGGAGCACGUCUUGCUUGUUGUGUGAUUGGAUCUAGCAGUAAAACUAACUGGGAUAAGUACAUGCAAGACAACGCAAUGCUAAAGAAUCCAAGAGUUUCAAGACGUGUUAAACAGCAAAGAUCCAAAAACUAUUCUUAAACUCAGUGGCUGGUAGGAGUGUCCUACAGUAGCUUAGACUCUUGAUUUUGAUUUUAUUGCUUGGCAUAUAUUUUGUGUUUGUGUGCAUUUUCUAAGGUGUAUUCAUAUGAUUUGGGCAUAGGCUUAUGAAUAAAAGGCUUAGAAAAUCCAAAA